CUGUUCGGCGCCCAGUCGCCGGGCUUCUCCCGGCUCGGGUUAGAGCCGCGGCCUCGAUGUCCUUACCUCGGUGUGUCCUGCUGUGGGCUCGGCUCCCGGCGGGGCUCGGGGCUGGGUCCCGGGCGGCCACCUGCUCUGCCCUUCGCGCCUCGGUGGGGUCUUUUCCCGGGGCUCCAGGACGCGUUCCCUGCCUGGCCGCCUCCUCCUCUGCCUCUGGCGGCUCCAAAGCCCCGAACACGUCCUUGUUCGUGCCGCUGACAGUGAAGCCUCAGGGUCCCAGCGCCGACGGCGACGUGGGCGCCGAGCUCACUCGGCCUCUGGACAAGAAUGAAGUAAAGAAAAUCUUAGACAAGUUUUAUAAAAGGCAAGAAAUUCAAAAACUGAGUGCUGACUAUGGACUUGAUGCCCGUCUCUUCCACCAAGCUUUCAUCAGCUUUAGAAAUUACAUCAUGCAGUCUCAUUCUCUGGAUGUGGACAUUCACAUUGUCUUGAAUGACAUCUGCUUCAGUGCAGCUCACGUGGAUGAUUUAUUUCCAUUUUUCUUGAGACAUGCCAAACAAAUAUUUCCUGUAUUGGAAUGCAAGGAAGAUCUCCGUAAAAUCAGUGACUUGAGGAUACCACCCAACUGGUACCCAGAAGCCAGAGCCAUACGACGGAAGAUAGUAUUCCACUCAGGCCCCACCAACAGUGGGAAGACUUACCAUGCAAUCCAGAGAUACUUGUCAGCCAAAUCUGGAGUGUACUGUGGCCCUUUGAAACUGCUGGCACACGAGAUCUUUGAGAAGAGUAAUGCUGCUGGUGUACCCUGUGACUUGGUGACAGGUGAAGAGCGGCAAACAGUUGAGGCUGAGGGGAAACAAGCCACCCAUGUCUCUUGUACUGUGGAGAUGUGCAGUGUUACAACUCCUUAUGAAGUGGCUGUGAUCGAUGAAAUUCAGAUGAUUAGAGACUUGGGCAGAGGAUGGGCCUGGACCAGAGCGCUGCUAGGACUCUGUGCUGAAGAAGUCCAUUUGUGUGGAGAAUCUGCUGCUAUUGACCUGGUCACUGAGCUUCUGUACACAACUGGUGAGGAAGUAGAGGUUCACAAAUACGAAAGGCUUACCCCCAUUUCCGUGCUGGAUCAUGCACUAGAGUCUUUAGAUAAUCUUCGGCCUGGGGACUGCAUCGUCUGCUUUAGCAAGAAUGAUAUUUAUUCUGUGAGCCGACAGAUUGAGAUUCGGGGACUGGAAUCUGCUGUUAUAUAUGGCAGCCUCCCACCUGGGACCAAACUUGCUCAAGCAAGAAAGUUUAAUGACCCCAGUGAUCCGUGCAAAAUCCUGGUAGCUACAGAUGCAAUUGGCAUGGGACUUAAUUUGAGCAUAAGGAGAAUUAUUUUUUACUCCCUUAUAAAGCCCAGCAUCAAUGAAAAGGGAGAGAAGGAACUAGAGCCAAUCACCACCUCCCAAGCUCUGCAGAUUGCCGGCAGAGCCGGCAGGUUCAGCUCACACUUCAAAGAGGGAGAGGUCACAACAAUGUACCGAGAGGACUUGGCUUUACUGAAGGAGAUUUUGAAUAGAGCUGUGGAUCCUAUACAGGCAGCCGGUCUUCACCCAACCGCUGAGCAGAUUGAAAUGUUUGCUUACCAUCUCCCUGAGACAACGCUGUCCAAUCUCAUCGAUAUUUUUGUAGACUUUGCACAAGUUGAUGGGCAGUAUUUUGUCUGCAACAUGGAUGAUUUUAAGUUCUCUGCAGAGUUGAUCCAGCAUAUUCCACUAAGUCUACGGGUGAGGUAUGUGUUCUGCACUGCCCCCAUCAACAAGAAACAGCCUUUUGUCUGCUCAUCACUGUUACAGUUUGCCAGGCAGUACAGCAGGAAUGAGCCCCUGACCUUUGCAUGGUUACGCCGGUACAUCAAGUGGCCAUUGCUUCCACCUAAGAAUAUUAAAGACCUCAUGGAUCUUGAAGCUGUCCAUGAUGUCUUUGAUCUCUACCUGUGGCUGAGCUACCGGUUCAUAGAUAUGUUCCCAGACUCCAACCUUGUUCGAGGUCUUCAGAAAGAACUGGAUGCCAUUAUCCAAGAUGGUGUGCACAACAUCACCAAACUGAUUAAAAUUUCUGAGUCACGCAAGCUUUUGAAUCUGGAGAGUUUACCAUUAGGCAACCAGUCACAUUUGUCAGGAACCUUAAAGAGUGGAGCAAAAAGGACACGUGGCACCAAAAGUGCAGGGGGUAAAGCUGCAGAGCCACUCAGCCCCAGUGCCAAGGAACUGCCCCUUGCUUCCAGGCUGGUGCAGCAAGGACUCCUCACUGCAGACAUGCUGAAGCAGCUCCAGAAAGAGUGGCUGACACAGCAGCCAGAGCUUGGCAGAGAAAAAGCAGGGACAAGAAGAAAGAAGAAGGACCCCAGCUCUGACUAGGUUUUUUAAUUCUGCAAAUAAAAAUUGAUUUUAAAUCCUUCA